GUGUGUACUCUCUGUUGGAUGUGUGCCGUGGAUGACAACCGUCCAGUCCGUCGCAACGGCAGCAGCAGCGGCGGCAGUGUAUUUAUCAUAGCAGCAGCCGAGGGGGAGUGAAGUGAACCGGAGGAAGGAGAGAGAAAGGAUUUAGGGACACCGAGCAAGCAUGGCUACCCAAACGACAGCAUCAUGCACUGGAUCCACUCUGUUGCGGCCAAUCAGCGAAAUUAUCAAUCUCCCUCUUGACCAGGUUAACUUUGUGGCAUGCCAACUGUUUGCUCUGCUGAUGGCUGUGUGGUUUCGGAUCUACCUCCACCCCAGUAAGACCAGUCCUUUCAUCAGACAUGUGGUGGCCACUCUGCUGGGUUUCUACUUGGCUCUCUUCUGCUUUGGCUGGUACUCCCUCCAUUUCCUGGUGCAGAGUGGCCUGUCCUACAGUGUAAUGAUCUUCGUUGGCCUGGAGCACAUGCACAAGUACUGCUUCAUCGUGACGCUUGGUUAUCUGAUAUUGUGUCAGAUUACGCGAGUCUAUGUGUUUGACUAUGGCAUGUACUCAGCAGAUUUUACAGGGCCCAUGAUGGUAAUAACACAGAAGAUUACCUGCUUGGCAUUUGAAAUACAUGAUGGUUUGUCCAAGCGAGAUGCUCAGCUGACUCCCACUCAGAAAUACCUAGCUAUCAGGCGGAUGCCUAGCUUGCUGGAGUACCUGAGCUACAACUGUAACUUCAUGGGCAUCUUGGCAGGCCCCACCUGCUCUUACAACGACUACGUGGCCUUCAUCGAAGGCACUGGUUACCAGCCACGUCAUCAGGAGAACGCCAAUGGCAAGGAGAAUGGGAAGUACAAGCAGAGUGAACCCUCACCGAAGAAUGACGUCAUCUCCAAGCUGUGCACAUGUGCCAUCUCUCUGGCCAUCUAUCUGUCGCUGUGCAAGCUGCUCCCGGUGGAGUACUCCAUAGACGAUGACUUUGUCAGCACCACACCCUUCUACCUUCAGGUCAUCUACCUUUACCUGGCCAUGCUGGCUCUGAGGCCGAAGUACUACUUUGUCUGGACACUUGCUGAUGCCAUCAACAACGCUGCUGGAUUUGGCUUCAAUGGAUACAACAAAGAUGGCUCCCCACGGUGGGACCUGAUAUCAAAUCUCAGAAUUCUGGAUAUUGAGUUUGCCACAAGUUUCAAAAGUUUCCUAGACAACUGGAACAUCCAAACAGCUCUUUGGCUCAAAAGGGUGUGCUAUGAGCGCUGUCCCUUCAACCCCACUGCUGCCACCUUCCUGUUGUCAGCCAUGUGGCACGGGGUGUACCCUGGUUACUACCUGACCUUCCUUACUGGCAUUGUCAUGACCAUGGCUGCACGUGCAGUAAGGCACAACAUCAGACCAUACUUCCUGGUCUCUGACUUGUACAAGCGCAUCUAUGAUGUCAUCACGUGGGCGUGUACUCAGAUUGCCAUUAGCUACACAGUGGCGCCGUUUGUCCUACUCGCUGUGGGACCAUCACUCAAAUUCUACAGGUCCUGGUACUUCUGCUUACACCUCCUCUGUCUCCUGGUGGUACUAGUCCUACCUGUCAAAUCAAGACGCCAUCAGGCCAAAGAGCAGCAGGACAGCCUACAGAAGGACAACCUACAGCACAGCCAGACAGACCACAACAGCACAGACAACAACUGCAACCAGAAAGACAAAGCCACAUGAAUCUCAGGAACGCAACGCACGGUCCCUUCAGCAGUAGAAACACUCGAGACGAACUAGAAACCACAGAGAGCUGGAGUGUGGCCAGUCUGUUUACCUGACAAAGAACCAAAUAUCGGACGCUCUAAAAAUCCUAACAGACAGAAAACACGAGUCAUUGUUCUGUCAAAAACUUCCAGUAGCAAGGACGACAGCAAUCACACUUCUGACAAGGAUACGAGACUGGGAUGUAACAAUGGCCAAUGGUGUAAACUAAUGGGUGAUAGUGGUUACUUUAUAGUACAUUAGUGGAAAUGAAGACUUCCAAGCUGCCUUAAACCCUCUAUGUACUGGUCGCAUGAAUGAUAAUAGUUGAAUGGCACACUGCAAGAACCUAAGUUUCACCAUUGUGGUUAUACAAAGUGCAGUAUGUGGAGGGUUUUUGUCAUUGUCUGGAUACAAGCCUCUGUUAGGUAGUAAAUGGAAAAAUGUGUUCAUGUAAAAGAAACAUAACCUUUAUCAUCAGCUGCCAAUUUCAAACAGGCCUUAGGAUCCUCAAAACAUUGUUUGAUUUCUAUGUCUUUUUUAAAAUCUUUAUCGAAGAAGAAUUCACAUUGUACGUGUUUUGUAUUUAGAUGUUUGUGACAACACUAUGUGGAAUCCAUUCUCAAUGCUUUGUUUUUCUGGGAUAAAUGGACUUUACCUGACAUAGAAAGACCCAAAGUGGAAAGUCCGCAUCCAGCAGUGGAAAGACUAAAAGAGGCACUCGAGAGCUAUUAAAUGUAUUUGCUUUUGUUUUUGUUUUUUUUUUAAUAUCUUUCAUAUCUGUUGCUCUUUUUUUUGACCAACAUGACUCUUCAGAUAAAUGUGUGCUUCAAAGGGAGUUUAUUAACCCUUCAUGAUUUAGAUUUUUUUUUUCUUAAGAGUUUCUGACUAGGGGUUCAAUGGUAUGUUUUUUUGUUUUGUUUUUUUUUCCCAUGUGUUCAUAAUUUUCACACAGAAGGUUUCCUCUGUGUUCAAAUGUCUUGCCCCUGUAAUGCAAGCAUCCAAAACUAUUCAAAAGACAAGUAAUAAAAUUGUAUAAUUUGGGAAACAAAGUAGAUUGAUCACUGUUGAACAUGUUUUAAUUAUUGGUUUUAAAACAUAAAAAAGAUUAGCAGAUUACUGUAUUUACUGAAGAACUAUUUAAUUUAUAUAGGUUUUAUAGCCAUAAUUAUGACACACCAAUUGAAUGUAAAAAAAGAAAACAAGAACAAAAAAAGUUUUUCUAAUUUGAUGCACAAUGCAUAAUUCAUAUUGUGUUCAGGUUGCAAAAUACGUAGGUGUGCAAAUUGCAUUUGUCUGAGAGGAAAUCUGGUACAGUUAUUUAUAAACAUGACAUUACAAUAUCGUACAAAGUUCAAAGACAUCGACCAGCUGUUGUGGUAAAUGGUCUUAUUUCAUAUUGUGUGCACUUAUGUUAGAAUAGGCGGUGUUUCAGGGUGCAUUUACUGUAUGGUGUAAGAGACUUGGUCCACAGCUCACCUUAAGACUUGCAAAGCAUCCAGCUCACCAUCCACCCAUGCGAUUCAUAUUUGUUUUUAUUACAUUUUUAUGGCUUUUGUCAAGAAAAUGGGGAAAAUUUGUUGCAGAUAAGGCAAACCAAAAGGCGAGUUUAAACAGUCAAAUGACACAUUUUACAUUUUAACAUUAUUUAUGUUAGAACUGAAACACUCUGUGGAUUUCAAGCCUAGAAUGUCAUAAAUACUUGGAAGUUGUGCUUCUUCUUUUUUUUUUUUUCCUAAAAAUUGUCAGUAAUUUGAGUUGAUUUGGUGCAUUUGUGUAAUGUAAAAUAACAAAGCAGCUGAGGUGAGCUUUGAAGUGUGGACCUCUUUCAUUUCUUUUUAAGAUUUUCUAACAUUUGCAUAUUCCUGCCAUGACUGUGUGUGUGUGUGUUUGUGUGUGUGUGUGUAAACCAGUAUUCAUGUGAUCCGUACAUGUCGAUGUGAUCUCAUGUGAACUAUAGUUGUAGCCUGGGCCCCGUGUAGGCGAGUGAGGCCCACUUAAGGGAAAGGGAUGUCAUUCUACAAACAUAGCGAUUAUUGCACUGCAUGGCCACCCGAACCAGCAGAUCAAUGCAAACUGCUCCAUAUGUCCAAAGUGCCAAAUCAAGAAUGGCGCAUUUUGUUUUGUGUGUACGUGAGCAUGCGUGCCUGUGUGUGUGUGCGCGCGCACGCGUGCGUGCGUGCAUCCAUGUAGUAUGUGUGUGUGCGUGCCUGUGUAACAUAAUGGUUAUUUUUGUGUCAGAAGGAAAUUUAUUGAAAGAUUUGUAUAACAGUACAUUAAAAUUCUGAUUUAUGUGGCAAAAUAAAGAGAAAUUAUUUUUAAACACUAAAA